AUAAUUGACUAGUAUAUAUAUAAACCGCGUCUGAAUAAUCAGAACAGACUAAGCAAGUAGAAAACCGUGUCUAAAUUGCUUCGAAACUAAGCAAAAAAAUUGAAGUUAAAACGCCUCAUUACUUCAUAUUUCUGCACAUCUUGAAAAAAACACAAUGUUUUCAUUUCUCAAUCUCAAAGAAAUGCCAACAAACGCGUCCUCCUUGUUCUCAGCCUAUGCCUCCUUCGCUGCAUUCAUGAUGUUGGUCCGCACAGCGGCCAACGAACUCAUGAACCUUGUACCCGACAGGGUCCGGGCGUACAUAGAAUCUGUCCUUCUUCGUCUAUUCACCCCUCUCUCGGCUUCCCAUGACCUAACUCUCGUCAUUGACGAGAACGCUGGCAUGACAAGAAACGAAGUCUAUGAGGCCGCGGAUGUCUACCUCCAAACCAAGAUCAGUCCCUCAAACGAACGUCUUCGGGUCAGCAAAACACCUCGACAGAAAAUCAUCAGCCUUGCCAUCGAAAAAGGCCAAGAAGUCAUCGAUACCUUCGAUAACAUUGUUCUAAAAUGGCGUUACGUCUGCAUUGAAUCCAACAAUAACUUUGGUGGUGAUCAAAAGCGUCAGUUCGAGCUAAUAUUCCACAAGAGGCACAAGGACAAAGUCGUCCUAUCCUACUUGCCUUACAUGCUUGAUCGAGCCAAUGCAAUUAAAGAACAAGACAAAGUUGUGAAAAUUUAUACACGAAAUUCAUAUUCGCACUACAAUGAUGAUGACAAUGGGGACUGGGGUUCGAUAAGUCUGGAGCACCCGGCUACGUUUGAAACAAUGGCGAUGGACCCCGAGCUUAAGACAAUGAUUAAAAAUGAUUUGGACAGGUUUGUGAGGCGGAGGGAGUUCUAUAAGAAGGUGGGGAAGGCUUGGAAAAGAGGCUACUUAUUGUACGGUCCUCCCGGCACCGGAAAAUCUAGCUUGAUCGCGGCCAUGGCAAAUUAUCUCCAUUUUAACAUAUAUGAUUUGGAGCUUUCUAGCAUUUACAGCGACUCGGAAUUGAAGAGGAUAUUGUUGUCUACUACAAACCGUUCGAUUUUGACAAUUGAGGACAUUGAUUCCAGCAUUGAUGUCGAAAAUCGUGAAUCGGAGGAGCAGCAGCAAGCUUCUAAAACCAAAUUGACGCUUUCGGGCCUAUUGAACUUUAUUGAUGGUUUGUGGUCGAGCUGCGGUGACGAGAGAAUUAUUGUGUUCACUACCAACCACAAGGAUCGGUUAGACCCUGCAUUGUUGCGUCCCGGACGAAUGGAUGUGCACAUUCACUUGUCUUACUGCACGGCAAGUGGAUUCAAGGUCUUGGCCUCGAACUACCUUGGCAUUAGUGACGACAACCCUCGUAGGCUUUGUGGGGAAAUUGAAGGGUUGAUAGAGAGCGCGGAGGUGACCCCUGCAGAGGUUGCUGAGGAGCUCAUGAAGAGCGAUGACGUUGAUGUGGUGCUCGAAGGACUUGUCGGUUUCCUCAGAUGUAAGAAGGCCGAGAGGCAGCGGAAAAAGGAGGAAGAAAGUAACCAAAUUAAAGAUCAGGAAACAGCAAUGCAGAAAACGGAUGGUGAUGACAAUGCUGACGACGACGGCAGGGACUCGUUGGAUUCGAAAACUCUGAAUCUGAUGUAAUGGCUUGCGUAACUUGAACGACACAGACCAUGUUAGGGUCUAUUUUGCCGUCUUUGGUCAAAAGAAUGACUUGUGCCAGUCAAAGAAUUCGGUCUUUUUUGUCGUAUCAGAGAAAGUUCCGUUCGAUACGUAAACAGCCAAUGAGUUUCCUCCAAGUAGUUGAGUUUCCUUUGAUGAGAUGGUCCACUGUAUACUGAAUGACCAAGCAUUUAUAAAUGGAAUAUAUACCCGUGUAUAUCACAUUAUUUGAGUCAGUCCCUUUUAUAGAAAUCGGAUUUGAUAUCAAUUAUUAUA